AUAUGAUGACAUGGAGCCUGAAAUAAACUGCUCUGAAUUGUGUGAUGGUUUUCCUGGCCAGGAGCUGGAGCGGAGACCCCUUCAUGAUCUCUGCAGGACAACAAUUACCUCUUCCCACCACAGCAGUAAGACCAUUUCUUCAUUAUCUCCUGCCCUCUUGGGUGUUGUUUGGACUUUCCUCAGCUGUGGACUUCUGCUGAUAGCCUUCUUUCUUGGCUUUACAAUUCGCUGCAGGAAGAACAGGAUUGUAAAGAUGUCCAGUCCCAAUCUGAACAUUGUGACCUUAUUGGGCAGUUGUCUGACUUACAGUAGCGCUUACCUCUUUGGGAUUCACCAUCAAGGCGCUUUAGCAGGAAGCUCAAUGGAAACUCUCAUUCAGGUAAGACUGUCCAUGUUGUGCAUUGGGACCUCCCUUGUGUUUGGCCCCAUUCUGGGAAAGAGCUGGCGACUCUACAAGGUGUUUACCCAGAGGGUUCCAGACAAGAGAGUGAUAAUCAAAGACCUGCAGCUCCUGGGGUUGGUGGCAGCCCUGGUGAUAGCAGAUGUGAUCCUGCUCAUGACGUGGGUGCUGACUGAUCCCAUCCAGUGCCUCCAGAUUCUCAGUGUCAGUAUGACGGUGACAGGUAGAGACGUGUCCUGCUCUCUGACUAGCACACACUUCUGUGCUUCCCGGUACUCUGAUGUCUGGAUUGCUCUCGUUUUGGUAUGCAAGGGCCUGCUGCUGCUCCUUGGGGCCUACCUGGCUGGCUUGACUGACCACGUCAGCUCUCCUCCUGUGAAUCAGUCUUUAACCAUCAUGGUUGGGGUCAACCUCGUGGUGCUGGCUGCGGGGCUUCUUUUUGUGGUCACCAGAUACUUGCACUCCUGGCCCAACCUGGUCUUUGGACUCACGUCUGGAGGUAUCUUUGUGUGCACGACCACAAUCAACUGCUUCAUCUUCAUUCCCCAGCUGAAGCAAUGGAAGGCAUUUGAAGAGGAAAACCAAACAAUCAGACGCAUGGCCAAAUAUUUCAGCACUCCCAGCAAAAGCUUGCACACCCAGUAUGGUGAGGAACAGAGUUGCCACGUUAGAGGAGAGAAAAACUCCAUGGAGAGACUCCUCACAGAAAAAAAUGCUGUGAUUGAAAGCCUGCAAGAACAAGUAAACAACGCCAAAGAGAAGUUGGUGAGGCUGAUGUCAGCUGAGUGCACCUAUGACCCCCCCGAAGGGGCUGUCCCUCCUGCCUCUUCCCACAGCAAGGACAUCCUGGCUGCAGCCCCUCCCCAUAGCCUAGCAGCUCAAGGGUCUUUGAAAUGUCUCCCUGACUCUCUGAGUGAUACCAGCCCGGCCACCCAGGACUCCCAGAGUACCUCAGCACCCGCCUCAGGUGUACAAGGCCUCAAGGGGCCUGUGAAGGACACCAGCCCCUCGCCGGGGCAGGAGAAAAUUGCUGCCUCUCAAGACUUUUCUGACCAUUUAAAUUUGGGCUGCAGCCAGAAGCCGCGGGCUGAGCAAAGCCAGGGUGUGGAGAGAAGAGACCAGGUACCCAUGGCCCUCCAGCAGGGUCUCACGCCAGGCGGAGAAGGCUCUGUUCCCCAGAGACAGGGGCAGCUGGAGAACUCAGAGGGGCCCCAAGCGCGACCGUCAAGGGUGAAUUCAGUGAUCAGGGAGAAGCUUCAGGAAGUCCUCCAAGAUCUGGGCCUGGGCCCUGAGGCUCCCGUCCCCUGCCCCCCAUCCUGUCCCCAGCAGCCCUGGAAGAGCAGUGCCUGCCACAGCCUCCAGAAGAUGCCCCUCUCCAAGGAGCUGGGCUUCAGCCCGUACAUGGUGAGGAGAAGGGGCGCGGCACAGCGGGCUCGCUCGCACUUGCCAGGUUCUGUGCCCUCCUCUGUGGGGCGUCGGGUAAACAGGGCUGGUUCUGGGGCACGCACUGGGCGAAAUGUGCAGGACAGGGAGAGCCCCUGCCUGGACCACCAAACUGCAGAUUCCAGAGUAGCAAGACCCUCUUCCGGGAAGCCUUUACUACUCCCAGCUCCUCAAGGCAAGCCAGACUCCCCGGAGGGCAGCAAACAGUGCCAGACAGAGCCCCAGGGAGCCGAAGGGAGCCACACAGCCCUUUCUCACCAGCCUUCUGGUCCUGGCCGGGCACUGUGCCCCGCUGCCCCACGCCGAGCCAGAGCCUCACCAGACCUGCCUGAGCAGCGGCUGCAGCGGUCCCCAGCGCCCCCAGGCUGCCCUUCCCUGUCUCCUCCACGCAGCUACCUCGACACAGAAUCCAGCAGCUCGGAUGAGUUCUUCUGCCACUGCCACAGGCCCUACUGUGAAAUCUGCUUCCAGAGCUCCUCUGAUUCCAGUGACAGUGGCUCGUCAGACAGCGACCCUGAGCCUGCUGGGAGGCUGGCUUCCUGGGAAAAGCUGUGGGCCCGCUCAAAGCCUGUCGUGAACUUCAAAGAUGACUUGAAACCCACACUGGUGUGAACAGCAAAGCAAGUCUGGACAUAGAGCUCUGCCCGGAACAAGCCAUACCAUGGCC